UCACCAUUAGAUUAGUUUAGUGAAUAAUACUGAAUAGUGUGAGCGCCGGUACUCGUUUUCGCUUAUUGUUGGUCACAGUAGGGUUGCAGCAGAUAAACGCCACCUCUCUUCCUUCUCUUCUUCCCUCUGUACUUCACUUUUAUUUUUUGUUUUUAUUUCUUCCUCAUUUCGCAGCCUUCUCUGAUAUAUAAUAAAAACCCAAAAUAAAGAGAAGACUGCGCAAACACAAAACCCCCCCCUUCUCUGUCUCUAUCUCUCUCUCUCUAAAACCCUAUCUUUUACUCAAUCAUUCAUUGAACAACAACAAUGGGGGCUUCUCUGCCUCCCAAAGAGGCUAACCUCUUCAAGCUCAUCGUCAAAUCAUAUGAAACUAAACAGUACAAGAAGGGCCUGAAAGCAGCAGAUACUAUAUUGAAAAAAUUUCCAGAUCAUGGAGAAACUCUGUCAAUGAAGGGCUUGACAUUAAAUUGCAUGGAUCGUAAAUCUGAAGCAUAUGAACUUGUUCGGCUUGGCUUAAAGAAUGACCUUAAAAGUCAUGUUUGCUGGCAUGUAUAUGGUCUCCUUUAUCGGUCUGACAGAGAAUAUAAGGAGGCAAUCAAAUGCUACCGAAAUGCACUAAAAAUAGAUCCAGAUAAUAUUGAAAUAUUGCGGGACUUGUCACUCUUGCAGGCACAAAUACGUGAUUUGGCAGGUUUUGUUGAGACUAGACAACAGCUGCUAACCUUGAAACCUAAUCAUCGCAUGAACUGGAUUGGCUUUGCUGUUGCUCACCACUUGAAUUCAAAUGCUUCAAAAGCAGUUGACAUUCUAGAAGCAUAUGAAGGGACAUUAGAGGAUGAUUAUCCUCCAGACAAUGAACGAUGUGAACAUGGUGAAAUGCUUUUAUACAAGAUCUCUUUAUUAGAGGAAUGUGGCUCUCUUGAGAGAGCUCUUGAGGAGUUGCACAAGAAAGGACUGAAAAUUGUUGAUAAAUUGGCAUGCGAAGAACAAGAGGUUUCUCUACUGGUGAAGCUUGCUCGCCUUGAAGAGGGUGCUGAAUUGUACAGGGUAUUACUUGCCAUGAAUCCUGACAAUUACAGAUAUUAUGAAGGUCUGCAAAAAUGUGUAGGGUUGGAUUCAGAAAAUGGCCAGUACUCUGCAGAUGAAAUUGAUAAAUUGGAUUCCUUGUACAAAUCGCUUGGGCAACAGUAUACUUGGUCAUCUGCUGUUAAGAGAAUACCGCUUGAUUUUCUACAAGGAGACAAGUUUCGAGAGGCUGCAGACAAUUAUGUUAGGCCCCUCCUUACCAAGGGUGUUCCUUCAUUAUUCUCAGAUCUUUCUCCAUUGUAUGAUCAUGCUGGCAAGGCAAACAUACUGGAAAAUCUUAUUCUUGAGUUGGAACAUUCAAUUCGAACGACUGGGAGAUACCCGUGGAGGGCAGAAAAGGAGCCUCCUUCGACCCUUAUGUGGACCUUAUUUUUCCUGGCACAGCAUUAUGACAGACGGGGACAAUAUGACAUUGCUCUCACUAAAAUUGACGAGGCUAUAGAACAUACCCCAACUGUGAUUGAUUUGUAUUCUGUUAAGAGCCGGAUUUUGAAGCAUGCUGGUGAUUUGGCAGCUGCUGCAGCAUUGGCUGAUGAAGCAAGAUGCAUGGAUCUUGCUGAUCGCUACAUUAAUAGUGAAUGCGUCAAACGUAUGCUGCAGGCUGAUCAGGUUGCUGUGGCAGAAAAAACUGCUGUGUUGUUCACUAAAGAUGGGGAUCAGCACAACAACCUUCAUGACAUGCAAUGCAUGUGGUACGAGCUUGCUUCUGGUGAGAGUUACUUCCGCCAAGGUGAUCUUGGACGUGCUUUAAAGAAGUUUUUGGCUGUGGAGAAGCACUAUGCCGAUAUUACUGAAGACCAAUUUGACUUCCAUUCAUAUUGCUUAAGGAAAAUGACGCUGCGCGCUUAUGUGGCAAUGCUUAAAUUUCAAGAUAGGUUGCAUUCACAUGCAUAUUUUCACAAAGCUGCUGCUGGAGCAAUCAGAUGUUACAUAAAAUUGUAUGAUUCUCCAUCUAAGUCAAGGACUGAAGAAGACGAUGAAAUGUCAAAGUUGCUGCCUUCUCAGAAAAAGAAGAUGAGACAAAAGCAGAAAAAGGCAGAAGCUCGAGCUAAGAGAGAGGCUGAGGUAAAGAACGAAGAAUCAAGUGCAAGUGGUGCCUCUAAAUUGGGAAAGCGACAUGUCAAACCUGUAGAUCCAGAUCCAAAUGGGGAAAAGUUAUUGCAGGUUGAAGAUCCAUUGUUGGAAGCUACAAAGUACUUGAAACUGCUUCAGAAGAACUCACCAGACUCUUUAGAGACACACUUGCUUUCAUUUGAAGUAAAUAUGAGAAAGCAGAAAAUUUUGCUCGCCUUACAGGCUGUAAAGCAAUUGCUAAGGUUGGAUGCUGAAAGCCCGGAUUCUCAUUGCUGUUUGUUGAGAUUUUUUCAUAAAGUGGGUUUGCUGCCUGCUCCAGUAACAGAUAAUGAGAAACUUAUAUGGAGUGUUUUGGAAGCAGAACGCCCAUCAAUCAGCCAAUUGCAUGAGAGAUCUCUGACCGAGGCGAACAAGUGUUUCCUUGAAAAACACAAAGAUUCUCUGAUGCAUAGAGCUGCAGUGGCAGAAAUGCUAUAUCUUUUAGAACCUAACAAGAAAUCUGAGGCGAUUAAAUUAAUUGAAGAUUCGACCAACAACCUUGUACCAGGAAAUGGAGCUCUUGGCCCAGUCAAGGAAUGGAAACUCAAGGAUUGUAUUACAGUCCACAAGCGACUAGGAACAGCUCUCUUCAACCAUGAUGCUGCAUCAAGGUGGAAAGCGCGCUGUGCUGAGUAUUUUCCCUACUCAACAUAUUUUGAGGGUCACUCUAGCUCUGCCAUGCCCAACUCAGUGUACAAUCAGAUAGGGAAGAACAUUGAGAAUGGGAGUGCAAGCCAUCCUGGAGAUAAUAAAAUUUCUGAUUCUAUUGCAUCGAAUGGAAAACUAGAGGCUUUUAAGGAUCUCACCAUCUGAAUAUAAUAAUGCUGAAUGCAUGCAGCAGCUAACGAUCAAUUACUCCAUGAUUUAGUGGGUAGAUCGCUUAACCGAACAGGAGGAAGGAAGUAGCUUGUUUGAGAGGAUAUAUGGUUUAGUGCGUUGUCAAGGAAGAUCAUUUUAUGGAAUCAAAUUAUCAAUCUCCUCUUCUGUUGAUUUGAGAUCAAAUUUUCUACUCACAGUUCUACCUAGCCCAAUUGUUGGAUGCAUUCAUUUGCAAAUGUGUAUAACAUACUUCCAUUGUGUUUCUUUUAGGGUUUGAUUUUCUUGAAAUCAACUCAUUAAUAGGUGAGAUCUUAGACAAGGGUGGCUCUAUGGGUUUUGCACCUAUACUUUUUAUUUAUCUUUUUAGGUCGGGGGAGCGCGACUGAAUUCUUUUUUGAGUACUGGUUCCUACAUCCGGUCAGCAUGGAACAAUUUCUACUUGAGCUGAUCUCCAGAGUUUGUUGUACUCUUUGCCCAUUCUAUUUAACACUGUUCUUUCAUGUAUAAACACUACAUAUUGUGAAAAAUUUUGCUUUCAUAUUUCAUUAAAUAGUUCAGUUGUGAUAA